CUCGCUUUCCCAAGACCCCACGCGCGGGCCUUCCGGCAGGAAGCCAGGCCUCCGCCACUGUCCAGCACGCUCGCUCUUUUCCUCCUUUCACAGGGCAGCCAUGGUCAUGGCCUUGGCGUGCCUGCGGGUAACCCUGCCCUCGUGGCCGGCGGCUGCCGUGCGCUUGCUACAGAAUUGCUGGGCCCGGGUGGAGAAGACGCUUCCCUCGGAUCUUUCUGCUGGCUUUCCAGGCCCUUCCUGGGGGCCAGCCCUGGCGGGGGCGCCGCUGCCCCUCCAGCCCCCUCCGGAUGCGGGCGGGGCGGCCGAGACGCCGGGCCCGGGAGAUGGCUUGGUGUGGAUGGCGGCCCCCAAGAACAGGCGCAGCAUCGAAGUCAAUCGGUGCCGGAGAAGGAACCCCAACAAGCUCAUUAAAGUAAAGAACAACAUCGACGUGUGUCCCGAGUGCGGCCAUCUGAAACUGAAGCACGUCCUCUGCGGUUAUUGCUACAGCAAAGUCCGCCACGAGACGGCACAGAUCAGGAGGCAGAUGGGGGGCAGGAACUCCAAGGCGCCCACUGUCGAGACGGUGGUCCUGUACCAAGGAGAAACUCCCUCGGCAGAAGACCAGGGCAAGAGGCUCAUCGAGCGGGACAGGAAGAGGCCGUCCUGGUUCUCCAGGACUUGAUCUGCAGGCGGGUUCCAAGGGGGGCCUUUCGCAUGAAAACGGGGGGCUGGAGCUGUUUUGUUUCUCUUUCCUUUCUGUGCUCCUCAGGCAGCAUGGCCUAGCAGGUAGGGCUUGGGCUGGGAAAACCAGGGCCAAGCCCCACCUCGGGGGACGCAGCCAAGUGACCCGAUUUCUCUGCAUCUCAGUUUCUUCUAUAAAAUUAAGGGAUUGGGCUUAAUCACAAAUCUGUGACAGCACUCCCGAUGCCAACUAGAUGCGACCUCGGUGCAGAAUCAGUGACCUAAUGCUGACAUUUGCAAGGGUCCGACUUCCUGGGGAAAUGUUUAUUUUGCUGACAUUAAUUUAUUUGAUUUUAAAAUUUCUGUGAAAUGGGGAAAUUCAAAUUUUGUCAGAAUCACUUUGGGAACGUCAGUUACUUUCACACAAUAAAGCCUCUGUCUUCACAUGGCAGAUGACAUGUGGAUCGGA